AUCACGUUCAGUAUCGAAAGAAUCGAUACUCAUUGCUGUAUCGAUAUUUUUCGAUCCGACCUCGGUAUCGCUUGUAUCGAAUAUUUGGUAUCGGUGUCGGCCCAUCCUUACUUUUAGUGCUUUCGUGCCAAAAGUUUUAAAGAUAGUCUUGCUUCUCUAGUGAACCCACUAGCUCACAUAAUGGCAAACAGUCAAAUUGAGGUCAAACAACUGAGAGAGAACUCAAAGAGAUUCACUCUUGAGAGUAUUAAAUCAUUUAGCAGAGGAGCUGCAUAUGACUGUUGGCUUCCUCCAACAAGGAGUGUGGCAAGAACACGCCUACCGCAGAACACAGUAACAAGACAAGUGACAAACCCCUUCACCCUGAAGUUUCUCCCUCCAGAAAACCAAGCUCUGAAGUGGAAAGAUGGCAUCACCUGCAAGAAUCAGCAUAAGAAUGGAACAUUUGUUUAUGCUGAAAAUGUGCAUGGCUGCUUUGAUCUCUCCUGUUUGCAAAGCAUGCUCAAGCUUAACAGUGCCAAAUCAAUUAAGAAUGCAGUUCAGAAAGAGAUUAAAUGCCGGUUUGCAGCUCCAUACAAGACAUUCCGGCAACAGUACACCAGCCUCCUGCAUCAUCCAUUGAGCAAUUUAAGGAUUUGAUAUACUCAGUAAG